UCCAAUGAAAAUGGCAACAGUCAAAAUGUUUGCUUCGUUUUUACUACUCUGUAUACUAGGGUUCGUAAAACCUAAUCCUUCCGUACUUUUACCAAAUUUGGGGGACGUUCGGGGUCGACAUGCCCAAAGUUUGAGUGGACGCACUAUAUAUUCGUUCGAAGGAGUACCAUACGCACGACCUCCUAUUGCUGAACAUAGAUUUAAAGAACCAUCUCCUGUGAAAGCAUGGACGGGAACUAUAGAAGCCAACACCCUGUAUAGGUGUAUGCAGUACAACCAGUACACUCCUCCUGGACAAGACUACGUAGUUGGCGAUGAAGACUGUCUAUACUUAAACAUCUACACACCAAAUUUGAACCCAAAUGCAACCCUAGAUGUAAUCGUCUACAUCCAUGGAGGGUCUUUCAUGUUCAACACGGGUGGUUUGUACCGCCCUGACUAUCUCUUAGACAGAGACGUGGUUUUUGUGACUUUAAAUUACCGAUUGGGUCCGUUAGGUUUUUUAAGUACUGAAGACGAUGUCGUUCCUGGUAACAAUGGCAUGAAAGAUCAGAUUCUCGCCUUGAACUUUAUCAAAAGCUACGUGAAGUACUUUGGAGGUAACCCGAAUUCUAUUACAGUUAGUGGAAAUUCGGCAGGCGGUGUGAGUGUCCAUUUCCACCUUCUUUCCCCAAAGUCCCGCGGGUUGUUCCAAAGAGGGUACUCCUUGAGCGGCACCACUCUAGUACCAUGGGCUCUAAUGGAAAAACCGUUGGAAAAAACGAAACAGCUAGCAACUGCCAUCGGUUGUUAUAACCAAAGCAUGGUGGAAAUUAUCAACUGCUUGAAAACACGAUCAGGUCGUCAGAUUGUUUCCACGGUCCAAAUUUUCCAACCUUGGCUCUACAUCCCGUUUUCUCCAUUCGGAAUAGUGGUGGAUAGUUGGUCGUCAGACCCGGUACUACCAGACCAUCCCUACAACUUGUUGAAAAACAAACAAGUGUAUGAUGUACCAUGGAUUGCGUCGUUUACGAACUGUGAAGGUCUGUACCCUGCUGAAGAGUUUUACGACAACCAUUUAGAAGAGGUUGACAAUCGCUGGAAUGAGUUAGUUCCACUAAUUCUGGACUACAACCAUACCGUCAAAAGUCACUUAAAAGACGAAGUUAGUCAAAAAAUUCGCAGACAUUAUCUAGGUACGAAGAAACUUUCAAAAUCCACCUUCAGGGAUUUCGUACCUAUAUUAUCAGAACGACUUUUCGUCAACGAUAUUCAAAAAGCAGCUCGUUUACAUGCUUCUGCUAUAUCUUCACCUGUGUAUAGUUAUAACUUUGCAUACAGAGGUAAAUACAGUUGGUUUGUGUAUAAAUCAGAAGAUGGUGACGACUUUGGGGCCGCACAUGGCGACGAUUUACCCUAUAUUUUCAAAUUAAAAGCGCUGGACACAACGACCACUCAAAGUGAUAGAAAAAUGAUCAAUUUGUUUGUGGAUUUGCUGACUUCCUACGCACAAACCAGCAAACCGAAGGUACCGAUAGAGUGGGUACCACUUUCGAAAAAUCAAGAAAACCCAUUCACGUGUUUGAAAAUCGAAUCUUUUGAAAAUCUGUCAAUUGAGCAAGACGUUCUCAAAAAUCAGGAAUUCUGGAUGUCGCUACCGAUCGAAGAAAACGAAAAGUUGUUUAUAUCGGUGGAAGAAACAUAAGGUCAAGGUUUGAUUCAGAUACAAAAUUCCAAACAUGUUUUUUCUUUAGCUUGUCAACAAAAAAAUUUUAGAUAAGAAAGUCACUUAUUUAUUGUAUCCAAUAAAUGCAUUUGUUUAUUGCAAAA